AUGCGCUUCGAUACCCUCUUCGCGUCCUUCUCAGCCUUCCUCACCGUCGCGGCCGCCAUCCCCGUUGUCCAGGACCAUUCAACUCCGCUCCCGACACCGACAUCCUCGAAGUCCGAGAUCCCAUCCCACUCUACGCCCUAUGGCUCACCCUCUGCCACACCCAGCAUGGAAACCUCUCACGAUGUCAUGCAGGGCCUGGGUAGAUUGGUGCCGAUCUUGGGAGGAAUCACAGUGAGCUCCAAAGUGACGUUCCAGUGCAAGACGAUGACCCUCGAGGAAGCACCUGACUCCUGUGACGAUAACGAAUACAUUCCCAUGUGCUGCAGCAAGGAAUCAUCGAACUCUAUCGGCCACUGCAAGUCAUUCGCCGAAGCCAAAGAAGCAUAUUACCGCUCAUUCGGAUACGGCCAAGAAAGCCAAACCGACUACAUCCUGGACGCAGUUGACUAA